UUGUGCAAUCUCCACGGAAUAAGCUAAACUUGAGUUGUGCUGUCAUUCGAUAAACUGUGCUGUGGUAAAACUCUUCUAAUAAACCUGAUUGUUUUUUGGGAAAAUGUCUCGCAACCAGAUAUAUUAUUCCGACAGGUACAGUGACGACCAGUACGAGUACAGGCAUGUUGUUUUGCCUCGGGACAUGGUCAAAUAUGUCACAAAAUCUCACCUGAUGUCUGAAAAAGAGUGGAGACAGCUGGGAGUGCAGCAGUCCCAAGGAUGGAUCCACUAUAUGAUACAUGAACCAGAGCCACACAUCCUUCUGUUCAGAAGACCUCUACUUCAGAAACAAUGACACAACCCGUGGUCACUCUGAAAGAUUCAUCCUGUGCUAUUUUUUUUUAAAUACAUUUUCUAGCUGGUUGCACAUUGCUGCUUAUGAAAUUAUCAGUUUAUUUAAGUAAUCUGCUUUCUCUGAUACAGAAACAACCUGCUACCUACCUUGCGCCCCCCCCCCCCCCCCCUUUUAUGUUUUUGGUUUAUGUUCCUAUGAUUGGCCACAAGAGGGUGCUGUGGAUCCACUUUUGUAUGCUGUGACAACAAAAACUAUAUUACAAUGUUAUGCUGAGAUCCAGAAAUGUGCCUUAGGAAACCAUAUGUAAUAUUUUCCUCACCUUUUUCUCAUACAUUAAAUGUCAUGUGAAAUACAACUAUUUAAAGCCCAAGGUAUUAAUCUUCUUGGUUAAAAUUAUUAAAUGGCCAUUAGUCUAUAAAUCUGUGAGGCUUAUUUCUCAAAAUCAGUUUAGCGUAUUUAUUAAAUUAAGUUUGUCCAGGAAAUGUAUUUACGUGUGCGUGGGUAUGUACACAACAUUCAAAAACAAUGCUUGGAGAUAAAUACAGCGAUUAUUUCAUUAGUCCUUUCCUGUUCCUAAGUGGCAACUGUCCAAAAUUUCAGUGAGACAAGAAUGUGAUGCUUGUGUGUUUAAGAUGAUAAGCAACAGAUUAACCAUUUAAAUAGUUUAUUUCCGCUACAAGAUCAGUCACUGUGUGACAGCGAAGAAAAAAAAAACAGUGAAUCUGAAAUAACUGAUGCUGUACUUGGACUGAACUGCAUUAUUUUAUUUUACUUUUUAAGA